CAGCGCCAUCCUGAGUGGUUAGGGGCUUUUUUGUAGCAGCCACAAGAGUCCUAGUACGUAUAAGUUGCCAGGGCAAGGUAACUAACUGUCUGUAGAAAAAGGUGUACUCGCCCGAGAGCAACCUGAGUUGAACGUGGGCUUUGUGCGUGAUUAGUUGGCGCUCUGUGAGUGACUGCCGUGUCUUCUCUCUGCAACUGAUUCACUUAAAAAAAAAAAAAAAAAAACUCUGGCGUUGAGACUUGGUUUGCCGCGCUUGCCGUGAAGGCUGUAUUAAAUACCUGUGAGUCCUGUGAACUGUUCAUGAACAUUUGUGGUUACCAACAAUAGUGCCUUCGUCUUUCUGUUUAGUCGCUUCUAGUGCAGGAGUUGGGCAAAGCAUGAGAAGAUGGUGUUUCGAGCAGUAGUCAAACUACCAUUGUGAGAAUGACCGUAAGUGGACUUGAAGUAGUGGCUCAUUCAUUCGUCUAGUAAAGACUUGUGUAUAUGUCUGUGGAACGCAGUGCGCGUUCUAUAUGUGUUCUGUUCACUAGUGAAGAUGUUAGUCAGUGGUCCAUAGUCUGUCACUAUGUACUGGAAGAAAUCCUCCAGGAUGUUAGCAGAACGCUGCGGCCAGUUUCAGCUCUUUGAUUAUGAUGUUCUAGACGAGCACAAGCUGAGUGAGUCUGCCGCACUAGCCACCGCCAGAGUCACAACAUCGGACGACGAGGACGGGAGCCCGCACGGGAAGAAGCCUGCCUCCGUCCACGCGACCACAGGCUCGCACCCAGGCCUCUUGGCCGAAAUCGACAAGUUAAGGGGUGAGGCCGAGAACGUCGGUGGUGACCAUGGCAACCAGACGAGUGCUAGCCGGUGUGGAGCCAAAGCGGACGGGAGUCAGCUAAGUGAGGGACACGAAGAUGUGACUCUACAAGAGACGGACAGUAAGGAAGAGACAGUGGAGACAACUAGAACUCAAGCAACAGAGGAGAGAAGACAAAAUGAAGAAACCACAUCAAUACAAUCACAUUCCCCAAAACUGGCGACAACGUCGGAUGAAACCACAGAGAAGACAUCUUCUACGGAAGAUAAACCAAGGGAAAUAAUCGCGGAUAUUCUCAGGCAGAGCACGACUACAACAGUUACUUACCCUGAGACUGUAAGCGACCACGAGGAUGAAAAUCAAAUGCAAAAUGAAGAUCACCUGCUGGAGGAAGAGUACGUCCUCAAGUGUAUUUACUGUGAGACCACCAGCACCCGUUCCAGCCUGCUGCGUGACCACAUGCGUAGCCAGCACCCAGAGAAGCCAGUGCGCUACCAGUGCCCCAAGUGUGAGCAGACAUUCCUGCUCAAGUCUCACCUGGACAAACACCUGGCCAUGCACUCCCCGACCUCACAGUCUUGUAAAGUUUGCCAGAAAACAUUUGCUAAUGUGUACCGUCUGCAACGUCAUAUGAUAAGUCAUUCCGAAUCUACUGACCUUCGCAAGUUCAAGUGCCCUGAGUGUGGUAAAGCUUUCAAGUUCAAACACCAUCUGAAAGAACACAUAAGAAUCCAUUCAGGAGAGAAACCGUUCCAAUGUCCAACCUGUAACAAGAGGUUCUCACAUUCUGGUUCCUACAGCAGUCACAUGACAUCCAAGAAGUGCUGGGUUAUUGGCCAAAGUAAAAGUCAAGGCCGCCGCCAGGAGAGACCCAUGGAGUCAGGUAGAGUGAGAGAAAAUGGUCCACCCCCUGCAAGUUAUGGAGUGGACAGUGGUCAUUACAUGUUUCCUGGUGGUCAAAUGUUGACAUCCCCAUCACCUGGUGCCUACCCUCCACAGUUUAUCAAGUUUGACCAGCACCCCGCUGCCCCUGCACUUCGACAUCAGUUCUUUUCAACCCCUCCCAUCACCACAACCAUGAUGACCUCAGCCCAGAAUGCCUUUGCUUAUGGCCUUUAUCAUCAAAAACUGGCAGGCACCUCACCAUCCCCCUCUUCCCUGGCCACACUCCCACCUGUGCCAGCCCAUGUCCACCAGCACCCAAACAUUCCAUUUCACUUGUCUUCAGCACACUCCAUACCUGAAGCCCACAGGGCCAUGGGGGAGCACCUGAAGAAAACUCCUGUCCUAGUUGACGCCCUGCUGGCCCGGCAGUUCAGGAGUGAUUUGCGUCCCGCAGCAACGUCUGAGAGUAGUAACAUAUCAAUACUGACACCUUCCCCAUCCCCGAGAGGUCAGCAGUCGUCCUCCCCGUCGGACAAGGAAAGGAAGCUAGAUAGCGACAGCACUGAGAGAAUGGUCCUCAACCUGGAGCAGAAUGGUCGCUACACUGCUGACUUGAUGAAACUUGUUCAGAAACAAAAGUUGGAGAUAAAAGAAGAAAAAACUGAAUGCCAGAGUGAGAAAUUCUUGAUGCCUGAUGUGAAGGAGGAAAUUUUGUCUGAGGAGGAGGAGGCAGUCAAGAGUAAGCUGAAUGAGGAUAAGGAAAGCAAUAAAGGAUUGAAAGAAGAAGAGGACAGCAGUGAAGACAUAUCUGACCUUAUAGUGGCCGAGGUCAAGCUGGAGAUGAAGGAUGGUGAAGUGCAGACUUGUAGGUACUGUAAGAAACAGUUCACCAGUCCAGUGGACCUACACCAGCACGAACGUUACCUCUGUGAAGACAACCAUGACAUCAAGAAGGUCAUAUCAGACAGCAGGCAGGAGAAAUGCAGGGAGGACGAGGAGGAGGACGUGAAAGACGAGCUGGACAGAGCGUCCCCCCUCAGCAGUAAAGUGUCAGACGAUGAGACGGAGGACAUGGAUGACGAGGAGGAAGAUGAUGAAGAUGACGAUGUUUUAGUGGACGCCAGCAAAACUUCCAGGCUGACGGAGAAUCAGGCUCAGCACCUGAGAGGUUGUUUCCGUGACAACAAGAAGCCAGGGGAUCAUGCCAUGGAGGAAAUCGCCAAAAUCAUUGGUGCUAGCAAGAAGAUGGUCCAGGUUUGGUUUCAAAGUGCUAGGUCACGGGAAAAGAGAAAGAUGAGUCGAUGCAAGUCCAAACAAUCCUUUCCAAAACAGCCUGCCAAGAGAUGUCCAAGCACUGCCUCCAGUGUCCUGUCUCCUUCCACAUACAUCCCCAUUGUUCCCAACCCCUUUGCUGUUCUUGGAAGUCACAAGCGCUACCAGAAGUUGAGCUCUGGUCCAGUCAGUUAUUCGGCUGCUGGCCCGUUGACUCCACCAUCAGAUGACCAACCCCUGGACCUGAGUGUCAAAAAACAGACACCUCCUAAGGCUCAUGGGAAUCAUCCUGUACAGUUGAAAUCAAUGGAGAACUUUGAAGACCAGGUGCUGAACCUCAGCAAUAAAGUGUCUAACACCAGGUCAGACUCACCUGUUCUUAGUGUCAAGCUGGAGUCGCCUGAUGCUCUUUCUACAGCUAGAUCCAGGGAAUCUACUCCAAAGUCUUCUAUCACUCCCCUGUCCAUCCCGAACUUUUUGCACAUCCCAGACCCCCUUAGCAAGCAGUUCUCCCAUUCUGUUGUCAUGGUGACAGACCUUGAAGCAGCUAGCAAACAGCUGGACGCCAGGUUUCAACAUUCAGAAAUCUUCAAGUACAUGUCUCAGAAGGGUCUGUUCAAGAGUGGCUUGCCCCCAGUCCUAGAUGCAUCUGCCCCACGCAGCAAAUUCUCUCCUACUCUACUCAACUCCAGUGUACUGGCUCAGAUCACUGGGGUCAUCCCCCCUAAUAAUCAUCACCCACAACGAGACUCACCGGUCAAAACUAAUAGUUUGGACAACACAACUGCUGUCAGCAAAACUAGUGACAGCUGCCCUUCCUCACCAUCCAAUAAAAAAUUGAUCAUUGAUGAGAACCUGGAGCUCAGUAAAAGUCAAGUGUCCAGUCUGGAGGGAGAUUUCAAGAGGAUGAUAGAGGGAAACUUACAAACUCUGGCCAGUGUGGCCUCAUUGGAAGCUGCUGGGGAGGAGGGCAAGAGGAAAAGGAAAAAAAGUUCUAAGCAAGUGGAGUCGGAGGAGAUCAAAAUGGAUGAACUGGAAGAUUCUGUCAGCAAUGAUGAUGACGACGCGUCCUCACCCCGCAAGAGGAGGCGGUCGUGGAAGGGUCAUCGAAUCAGCGAGGAGCUGGGCAUGUAUGCUUGUGACCAGUGUGACAAACAGUUUAGCAAACAGAGCUCUCUAGCCAGGCACAAAUAUGAACACUCUGGUGCCAGACCUUUUAAUUGUGAAGUUUGCUCAAAGGCCUUCAAACAUAAGCAUCACCUGACAGAGCAUCGCAGGCUACACAGCGGAGAGAAGCCGUUCAAGUGUAGGAAGUGUGGCAAGAGGUUCUCACAUUCUGGCUCUUACAGCCAACACAUGAACCACCGCUACAAGUUUUGUAAACCCUCUGAUGGGGAGGAUGAAGACGUGGCUGCUGGUUCCAGUAAGGAGGACUAACUCAUCCCUUAGGACGGUCUCAGACCAGGAUGUUUUGCUAUGCUGACAAUGCUAUGAGAUUAGCAUUUGUGGUUUCAAUCUCUAGUUCUUAGACACGGACAGAACAUUGUUUAGUUUUCAACUAUCUGCUCAAUUCUUUGUAGUCUAUCAAAGACAUUUGUUUAUGGACCAAAAAUGUUGUUUUAACUCCAUGCCAAUAAUUCUUUGUUUUAACUCCAUGCCAAUAAUUCUUUGUUUUAACUCCAUGCCAAUAAUUCUUUGUUUUAACGCCAACUUGUAUCUUAGUUUUUUUGACAUAUUUGUACAUGAAUGUAAUUUUGUUCAAUCUCCUGUGGCCAUGCAAUAUUUGUAUCUAGUCAAGUGAUUUCAUUCUAACCAUUGUAUUUUCUUCUUUUUUUUUAAAUUUUAAUCUUGCAAAUACUUUAUUGUGUCAAUGACUUUUGAUAGACAAUGUAUGAAGUUUUUUGAUCCACCAUUGAUUCUCUUGUAGCCUAACUACAAAGUUGUUUUUUGUUUUUUUUUUGUUGGUUUUUUUUUUUUGUUACUCAAGUCUAUUCCAAUGAUUUCUGUAAGCGGUGUUUCCCAGCUUGACAGUACCUCAAGUUGUCUGACCAUGUUGAAUUUCUUUCCAAAAAGACCAAUUGUUGAUCCUCUACAAAACGUUUGUGUUGACUUCUUGUUUUUUUAAAGAGACCACUCUUUGUUGCGUUUUGUUCUACAGUGUAAAAUCCAUAUUCAAUUCUUUGUUGACUUUGAAUCCAAAACAAAAAUUUCCAUUUUUUCUUUUUCUUAGUCUUUCUGAACAUAAGACUUGAAAACAUAUUUUGAUGUGAUGAAGUUUUUUUUGUACCCCCCAAACUACUCAGCAUUAGAAAUAUUUUUUGUGAAGAUUUCAUUCUUAGGUUUGAGUCAUUCUGUUCCUUGUUUUAACCUAAGGAUUGUACAGUCUGCUUUCACUCCUGUGUAUUUAGAUGAUGCUAGAACUGUGUGUAAAUAGAACACUGACUUGUUGUCCUGAAUGAACUGAGAGGUGAAACCUAUCAAACUAAAUCCCAGCGCUUCCAUUCCAGUAGCUGUUUUCCUAAAUGUAUGUCUUAGUCACAAUAUUCUUGUGUUUUUUUUUUUAUAUACUGUAUAUAUUGAACUGGGUUUUUUUUUUUUUUUUUUUUUUUGCUUUCACAUUUUGAGUUCACUGCAAGCCCUGAAUGUCAUGUCGAGACUCUUCCCACCAUUGAACUAUGUUUUUGUUUGUUCUUGUAGCCAUCAGACACACAGUGUUGAGAUACACUGAGAUGUAUCUAUUCACAGAGUCCCAUCAGUGGACGUGUCCAGCUCCCAGUACUAAGUGGACUGGUCAGUGAUUAUUCGCUCAAUGUGCCAAACUUGUGUACAGCUGGUCAAACCAAAGAAUAACUCUGUACAUAGCUGUGUGUUGUCAUGGUAACUGUAUAAAGUCCUCCCCCCCCCCCUUUGUUUUUUCUCAAAAAAAACAACAACACACUACGACAAUGAGUUGUUCCAUGUAAACCAGAAUAUUUUUUUUUGUAGUUUUGUUUAUCUUUAUCACUGUUCAGUUAGAAGUGAUUGUAUACUCUAGUAAAAGGUAAAAAAAAAAGAAUAUACAAUAUUUAUGGUAGUAGAAGUCAUGGACUUUGUUCAUGAAAUGAUAGGACUAGAUGGUCACUAUAUUUAUUAGUGUUGCUAUUGAAGACUUUGUCCAAUGUUUAAGUUUAACCAACACGGAGAUUUCUUCUUGUAGAAUAUUCUGUACCCAGCAGUAUUUUUGUAUAGUGAUAUUUUUUACAAGACAGUAUUUUGUAAAACAAGACAGCACUAUAUCAAAAACAUCUGUAUUACAUAACUAAAAACAAAGGCACAUAGCCAAUAAAUUGGGGGCAACUUCCUUCUUCAGGAAGAAACUAACCAGAGACAGAAAACAUAAUUUCACAUUUUAAAACAUUUGUCAUGUUCUUUUUAAAUGCUCCUACCUGUCCCAGCUCAGGUAGUCGCAGCCUCUACACCUAGUUUGGUAGCAGCCAGCAGGUGUGGAUGGCCUUCUGUUUAUACCAUGGCACAGUCCACAUUAAAGAGCGUAAAACUCAUAACCAAAAAAAAAACAACAGUAUUAUCAAAAAGAAGAAAGUAUUAAAUCAAAUCAAACAUUGAUUUGAUAGUAUUAUGUACAGUUUUAUUUGAUGUUUUGUUUUCAUCAGUAUUAUUGUGUAUAUAACAAUUGCGUUGCCUUGUGUGUGAGAGUGGGCAUUCCCUCCGGCAUCUUUACCGCUCAGUAUUAAACCAAGGAACUGUCUACUAUUGCUAGGGAACUCUAGCGAAGCUGUUCAGUUCCUUGGUCCCAGUCUUCCUUUAAUGUCUUGCACUCAGAAUGUAUGGAAGCUUCAAUCUAUGGAACAAAAUCAUUUUGGAAUGAAUGACUAGUGAUUGUUGAUUGCAGUGAUGAAUGAUUGUACUACUGAAUGAUGGUAUAAUUGUCCUACUGAAUGAUUAUUUCCAUGUCCAUGUAUGAGCAAGUACAUGUGCAUGAAGAGAAAGUCCCAUGUAAAAUACUCCAAUGGUUUUGUUCUCUUUGUUUCAUAGUCUUCCUCAACACUUGUGUUUAGUCCAUGUCACAUGACAUUCAUGGCUUCACAUGACAUUCAUGGCUUCACAUGACAUCGUGUCUAGUUAUAUAUAUCUUUUUUCUCAAAAUGUUUCCUCACUGUAGCCAUUCUAUUGUACAUAGUCAAUAAAUUGUUCCAUUGAAAUGACUUUUAUGAUUUGAAGUACCUAGAAAUACUCAACUAUUUGUUCUGACCAAGUUCCCAUCAUGUUACAUAUAGGCCUUGAAUGAUUCAUUAUAAUUUUUUUAUUAGUCUUUAACAAAUGGCUACUGAGAAUUGAAUCAAAAUGGUGUAAUAUAUUUGUUCUUCAUAUAUUUGAGUUGAUUUUUUUAAAUAAUAAUUUGUUUAUUUGACUAAAUUUUGAAGCCAUAUUUUUUUUCCCACUUUCUAUUGUGCCCCCCACCCCCUUUGCCCAUUGCUUGAUGUUGUUGGAUAUUGUCAGCUGUUCACUUUGCAGAAUCUAGACUUUGAUGUUUCUGUUGUGCUAGAUUGUUUUUCCUCUCCUGAGUGUUGUGCUCUCCUGUACUGGGACAUUCACUUGUAUUGGUGUAGUGACUUGUAUUCUACUUUACUCUGUGUUUGUGUGUGAGUCAGAUCUCAAGUUGGUCACAAAAUGCUAAGCUACAAUUAUUGUCAAAACACAUUUUCAAUCAAUUUUUUUUUGACUCCUGCCACUGCAAUGAAGUCAUUAGUUUAGUUGCUUAAAGCUUGACUGGACAACUUUCUACAAGUCAAAUAGAAACACAUAGCUCAUGCAUGUCUAUGCAUGGUAUGGGAUUCAAAGAGCUACCAUUUUGAAGUCUUUUUUUUUUUUUAAAUCUUGUGAUGGUCAUUCAAUGUCUGUUCAUCCAUACUUCAUUUCAUUCCUUUCUAGUCCACCUAGACUGACCACUGGUCAGUUGAAACCAGCCACUCUUUUGUUCAAGAAACUGGGAACAAAUUGUUGAGAUUUUUUUUUUUGUUUGUAACUUGUGUAGGACUCCCUUGUAUUCAAGGAACUUUUUGUUGAUUGUUUGAGUGUUUAACUUGAAUCAUUCCACUGAAUGUUUCUCUUAUAAACAGAUUGACUUCAUUUGCUCCUUUGGUUUUUAUUUUGAUGCCAACAAAUGUUCCCCAUAUCAUGGAGUUCUUCUAACAUUGUACUGGUAGUUGUAUAUAGGUUAGUUGCAUGGUUCCAUCUGUACUGUAACCCAUCCUAUUGACUGCAUGAUUGUGUGUCCUAGACAAAAACCACAUAUACUGAGUCGUCUGCUACCUCUGUCCUGUCUGUUCAACAGAACCAAAUGUUUCAUCCUUACAUAGACUCUUUGUUUGAUUCAAUGGUUUGAUUCAUUGGAUUCAAUGGUUUGAUUCAUUGGAUUCAAUGGUUUGAUUCAUUGGAUUCAAUGGUUUGAUUCAUUGGAUUCAAUGGUUUGAUUCAUUGGAUUCAAUGGUUUGAUUCUUUGGAUUCAAUGGUUUGAUUCAUUGGAUUCAAUGGUUUGAUUCAUUGGAUUCAAUGGUUUGAUUCUUUGGAUUCAAUGGUUUGAUUCAUUGGAUUCAAUGGUUUGAUUCAUUGGAUUCAAUCUGGGUGAGUGUCAUUCUCUAGUCAUGGCCUGAGCUUUGGGCAAUUCACUCACACUGUUCAUCUCAGUUUUUAUCUUUGAUUUGUUAACUGAGUUUGAUUGGCUAGGUUUUACUAAACAAAAAUAUGGAAUCAAAUUAAUUCAAAAUGAUUUUGUUAAUCCUCUAGUUUUUUUUUUAGUCUGGACAUUUUUAAUAUGUGCAAAUAUUUUUUUGAUUUUUAACUCAAAUCUUCAUAUACAAGUUUGAUGGCAAUAUAAUGUGUGAGAGACAUACUAGACUGAUGAUGUAACUAAUCUAGAUAGAAAUAUAUAUAUAUAUAUAUUUACACACCUGUAAUUCAAAUCAUUCUAUUCAGUCACUAUUUAGUCUUUAUUUAUGUUGGAUUGUAUUCUUUUAUUUUUUUCACCAAGUGCAAUCUUUUGUCUUUGAUUCUAGUCUUUUGGUUUCAAGCUCAAUUUGUUUUUGUUUUUUUUUCCUGUGUAUCUAUGUAGAUCAGCAUUGUCCUGACACUGCUAGCAACCUGUAGGUCAGACAUUGCUAGUAGAAUGUAUGUGUGGUCGGCUCAUCUACAUACCCUUUUUUUUUUUUAUUUUGAAAUCAUGAAAACAAAAUAAAUUCAAAUAUUUCAAUUUUU